UUCCAAUAAGUUAAAGUAGAUAAAUUCUCUCAUCAUAAUCAUAUAAAUAAAUGUGUUUUGGUAAAUAUAAUUGACAUAAUAAUGUAGGGUCGUAGUCUCAGUCACAGGUUCCACCUCGAGGUUGUCUCUCACUUCUAGGACAAAACUUAAGUUCAUCAAAAAUGGCCAAAAGUUUGCGGAGCAAGUGGAGACGUAAAUGCCUGAGGAUAAAGCGCGUUAGAUAUGGGAAAAAAGAACUGACAAGACUCAUGGCAGUCGUAGAAAAGGCGAAAAGUGAAGUUCAGAUUAAAGAUGCUGCUGAAGUCGUGAAAGCCAUGGGAAAAGAAAAUGCUAAAUCUCUGGAUGAAGAAAUGCAGGUAACACCAUCAGAAGAGUCAGAGGCUCAAGCAACUCCUGCCAGCACUUCUCUUCGAGCCCUCUUAAAAAAGAAUGUUAUUCCACCCAGAUGGAUGCACCAACGCAAAGCCAAGAAAAUGAGGAGACAGCAAGCAAAUAAAGCAAAGAGAAUAAAAAAGUAAUAUAAA